AUGGUAAACGUUAUUUAUGCUGGAAUUAGAUGGUGCGCGGUGCAGAAUGGUGCAGCGGUGUGCAAAUGUCCAGCACCCUUCAAGCGGCUGGUCAACAACCAGUGCUCGGCCGCCACUCUCGCCCACUCGGACUACCUGGACCAACACAACGCCGUCAGGGCCGCUGUGGGCGCCGUGCCCCUCGUGUGGGACGAUGCCCUGGCGGCAAGGGCGAGGGCAUGGGCGCUCACCCUGACAACGAGGGAGCACAACUGCCGGCUGCAGCACGGAGGCAACAGCGGCGAGGGGCAGAACCUGUCGGGUGCCGGCCCCAGCGGAUGGGCGUCGAACGACGAUGCGGUGCGGUUGUGGGUGGACGAGGGCAAGUGGUACCAACUCGGAGUGUUCCCCAACGGCUGUGCGGGCGGUGAUUGGGCCAAGUGGGUGUGGAACAACACGCGCAGGCUGGGGUGUGCCAAGGCGUCGUGUGGCACGAGCAGGGACGUGUGGGCGUGCCACUACUCACCGCAGGGUAACCUCAUUGGCCAGCUGCCUUAUGUGCAAGACCCCCGCUUCCGAGUGCUCUGCCCCUCCACUGCCUCCUGCAUGGCAGUGUGGGGCAAGCCCACGUGCCAGUGCCCUCAACGCCAGGCGCUCGUCAACGGCAAGUGCCAAGCAGACCCAUGCAGGGGGGCAAGCAAGUGUGCAGGGGACCUAGUGUGUGACGGCUCGUCUGGAGCAGCGCAGUGUGUGUGCCCCCAGGGCACCGUGCCCACCGCUCCCAACACAUGCUUGGCGCCCUCCUGCAAGGGAGUGAAGUGCCCGGCCUCAGCACGCUGCAGGGCGGACAGCAAUGACAUCCCCUUCUGUGCCUGCCCGGCCACACAGUCGCUCAUCAACGGCGCCUGCACUCAAACCUCAUCCACCACAGUCACCACCAGCAUCGCUCUCUUCAACCGCCACUCCUUCACCAACUCGCCCUCCUCCCUCGCCCCCACCAUCCUCCGAGCACCCCCGCCCGGUGCCCCCCGCCCCGCCGGCUGUGUGAAUGUGCCGGCGCCCAUGGCGGGGGCGGUGGGGUCGCUGAAGAUCCUCUGGGAUGCGCCUGAUGGCGCCACGGGUAGCAGAGCCGUGUGUGGACUCAUGUGGUUCUGGAACGGGGCUGACUGCUAUGGCCGCGCCACAGGGUGGUCUCACCCCGGCAACAAUGUUACCACUGCUGCGACGACAAGUGGAGAAGUUGCUUCGCUGCGCUCUAUUAGCUGCUCUCCUUGA